UUGCACCCCUUACCAGCCUAAAUCCAAAGCACAAUCUUAAUUUAACUAAUUCAACCCUGUUUCUAUCAAUUUCAUUUAGCUAUUUAAUCAUAGAAAACAAGUGACAAAGUACGUGACAAACAUCGCGUAAACCACCUAUUUACCCCAAUAACACCACACAAAACAAAUAGACAAACGAGGGUAAUAAAUGACUCAGGUACUUCAAAGUGCGCGUAAUGGGAAAACCAUGAAAAACUUGACGAGGCUCAGGUAUCCGGCCAAAGUACGCCGUACGAAAAUAUGAACAAUGGUGGACACAUUAAUGGGGAUAACAUAAGAAACCUCAUGGCUAUAUAAGGUGGAGAACUAUUUGGUAUGAUAUUAUUUUCGCUGCAAACACGAAACAGAACGUAUUGAAUUCUUCGUCUUGUGCGACUUCCGUUUUGUCAAAGUGCUAAGAGUGAACAAUGGUUCCAGUCACACACAACUGCUACCCCUAUGGAUACUGCGAAUUACAUGCCCGAUAUCCACCAAUGUUCCCGCUGCAUCCUGACCACGUUUUAGUGUAUUGUCUUUGUCCGUGUGGUACACACACGACACACUUUGCCAUGGACCGAAACGCUUUGCUGAACCGCAUGAUGAGAGUUCAAGCAAUAAAUGGACGUGGAUAUUUUCAACCUCAACUGCAAGGACAGCAGGAACAGUACCGAUUGAGACGACCACACAGCAGGAAAGACACGAGUGACAUGACGUACUUAGAUGAAAUGGAAGAAGAAGUUGACCGAUAGAUUAAUGAUAGUGAUGACAGAUAUUAAUGAAAGAACAUUAUACUAGAAAUUGUAUAUUAUAAUUGACAAC